AUGGAAUUUGACCCUCUAUCAACCAUCAACGGUGGUAGUAGUGAUCCUGCAACAGGGCAAAGUCGAGAUUUACAGACCACCUCAAAGCCAGCAUCGUUCGAUAUGUUUGAUUCCCAAGCACAAAAGCCUCAACCAUUGCAAACGGCAAACCAACAAAAUCAUCAGACCUCUGCUACGAAAUCCACCGUUCGCGCAAGGCCCCACGCGAAAACAAUGCCUGCCAAUAGCGAUUUAUUUAAUUUUCCUAGAUUCAGCAACGAUGACCGAUCUACACCCAAUAAAGCCAGUGUAUCUAGCUCCAAUACUACGGACAUUAUUGAUACUUUCGCGCCUACUAGUACUAAUAACAACGGCCCAUCUGCUGCUGCUCAAGCCACCAAUGAUAAUCCCUUUAUACUUGCUAAAUCUGGCGACAAUUCUAAAAAUACCAAUGAUCAUUUCGAAAAAAACUCUGCCGUCAAUACUUUCGUAACAGCUAAUGCAACAUCUAGCAAUGCUUUCGGCAUUGGAAAUACUAAAGACGCUUUUGGUUCGAAUAGUUUGAAUGAUCAAUUCUUACCUUCCAAUUCGGCUCCUAUUACAAGACAUGUUACUUCUAAUCAACAGCAGUCUACAAACAUUAAUUUUGAUUCAAGUCUCGCUGGCAAUAGUCAACUGCCACCGCAACCUUCCUUUAAUAGUUUUCUUGUCCAAUCCACGACCUUAAAUGAUCCUAAUAUCAUUGUUACAGCGAAAGAACGGAUUGACAAUCAAAAUCCUGCAGUUCAAGCAUCGACCAACGGCGAUAGCUCGACAGCAGUAAAUCCACAGGAAAUCAUCGCCAAUUUAGCAAAAUCUGGUUUUAUAUCCGAAACAAAGUCAACCGUCAAUGCUAAUACACCUAGCAAUACCUUCUCACCAAAUGGAGCACAAGAGCAAAAGCUGGCAAAAGUGACACACAAGUUUAUACCGCGUCACGAAGACGAAAUUUUAUUAGAUAUUGGCGAUAAUAUAGAAAUUAUCGAAGACUAUCCGGACCUGUGGUGCCGAGGCAAGAAUAUCAGAACUAACAAGAAAGGAAUUUUCCCGGUUUGCUGUGUCGUCGUUGAAUUAAUUGAACCAAAUUUUUGGGCUAUUGUUGGCAAUCUUAGAUACCUAGGAUCAGUUGUAACGCGAGAAUACAAAGGUAUCGAUGUUAUAAAGAACUGUACACAGCAAAUCCAAACUGGACGCCGAUACAGUUUAUCGGGCCUGCCAAUCUACAGUAUGGAAAUAUCAGAACAUGGAAUAAAAGUUGCAGAAAGUUCAGCUAAAAGAAAUGCACAAAGCUACACAUCUACUAAAAAGAAUCAAAAGCAAAACCUUUACCAUUUAGAUAAAGUAACUUUCGCUGGAUGCCAUCCUAACAAUGACAAAAUACUUGGGUUCAUCACCAAAGAAAUGCCAAAUAGUUACCAAUGCCACAUAUUUCAAAGUGAUUUAUCGGCAGUUCCUAUCGCGAGAGCUAUUGGGUAA